GCUACGUCUCGUGGCGUAAUGAGCACACGGGCUCCUGGUUUGGGACAGCCCUGUGUCAGGCGCUUAUGAAACACUCGCACUCCUAUGAGUUGCACCAAAUCCUCACUUAUACCUCGAAUUUGGUGAACAAUAAGACGACAACCGAUGGCGAGAAGCAAGUGAUGGAACACUCGUACCGCGGAUGGAAAAACUGUUUUUAUUUUAACCCCGGCGUCGCUGAGUCCCGAGGCUCUCCCCUUAGCUACGUCUCGUGGCGUAAUGAGCACACGGGCUCCUGGUUUGGGACAGCCCUGUGUCAGGCGCUUAUGAAACACUCGCACUCCUAUGAGUUGCACCAAAUCCUCACUUAUACCUCGAAUUUGGUGAACAAUAAGACGACAACCGAUGGCGAGAAGCAAGUGAUGGAACACUCCUACCGCGGAUGGAAAAACUGUUUUUAUUUUAACCCCGGCGUCGCUGAGUCCCGAGGCUCUCCCCUUAGUCCCAACUGAUCACAAGUUAUCACUAGUUAUUUGCUCAAAAAAAUAGUGUAUUGAGUGUUAACUUAUCGUAAAUUGUUAAUUGCUUUCUGAAUAUAUUAUUCCGACUUAACAUUAAGUGCCAUUAAUUCAGUCAUUAAACUCUUCCAUAACAUAAUGACAAAAACACAACAAAUUGUGAUUUAUAUACAAAUUCCAUAAUUUAUAUCGUAUUAUACUUACAAUUUUAUGAAAUUACACUUAAAUUAUUAGCUAUUAUUAUUAUUAUUAUUAUUAUUUCCAUUUAUUACAAGUCUUUCAUAC